CGCGUUUGUACCUGCCUUCCUGUACAUAAUAUACUUUUUAAACAAAUGCCUCACUGCGGCAAAAUUAUAAACAAAUAACUUCAUUUCGCGAUGAAUCCUUUAACUAACAUGAAAAAUGUGCUCAAGUUGAGCGAGCACGAGUUACAACAUGGAGGCAAGAAGAGCUGGCACGACAUGUACCGGGAUUCAGCCUGGAUAUUUGUCGCGGGAUUCCCUUACACACUUUCGGAGGGCGAUCUGAUCUGCGUGUUUUCGCAGUACGGAGAAGUUGUCAACAUCAAUCUAGUUCGUGAUUCCAAGACGGGCAAGUCCAAGGGCUUUUGUUUCCUGUGCUACGAGGACCAAAGAUCAACGGUUCUAGCCGUAGACAAUCUGAAUGGCAUUAAGAUAAUCGACAGAACGCUGCGCGUGGAUCAUGUGGCGGACUACAAACCUCCAAAGGAAAACGAAAAAAUGGACGAAGAGACUCUCAGACUUUAUAUGGAAGGAUGUGCGCCGAAGCCGCAGCUUCAACAGGUAAAAACUGAGAAAUCGAAAGAAAGAAAAAACUAUAAAUAAUUUUUACAAGCCAUCCAGUCUCAGUUAAGAAAUUAGUUAAUUAACUACUCUACCGUUUAAACCGCAUAAAAAUGAAUUUAAAAAAUAACCAAAUAUAAAACAAUAUUGUA